AGAAAGUAUAAGAAACUUCCAUUGCCGAGGGAACAAGCAAAGAUGAGGGGCAUCGUCGAUCUCAACAGAAGCGGUGUCACCUUCAAGCCAUGGAACAGGAGGAAACUCCAGCACAGAUCAUCGCUCUUCGUUCUCUCGCUCUCUCUUGUUGCUCUUCUCUGUUUCUUCUUCUACUACACCCAUAUCCCAAGUUCCCUCCUUUCAAUCUCUGCUGAAAACUCUGGCGCCCGAGUCCCGCAAUGCAGAACCUCCACCCUCGGCCAAAAGUUCCUCUGGUACGCACCUCAUAGUGGGUUCAGCAACCAGCUUUCGGAGUUCAAGAAUGCAAUUCUCAUGGCGGGUAUCUUAAACCGGACCUUGAUUGUCCCUCCUAUUCUUGAUCACCACGCGGUGGCUCUUGGGAGCUGCCCCAAGUUUAGGGUUUUGGGGCCUAAGGAGAUCAGGGUUUCUGUUUGGGAUCAUGUGAUUGAGCUCAUUCGAAGUGGGAGGUAUGUAUCCAUGGCUGAUGUCAUUGAUAUUUCAUCAUUGUUGUCAUCUUCUCUUGUUCAAGCCAUAGAUUUCGGGGUUUUUAUGUCUCUUUGGUGUGGUUUGAACAUAGAUGUGGCUUGCUCCACUGACUUGAACGCACAGUCCUUUUUGUUUGAUAGUCUAAAGCAAUGUGGAUCUCUACUGUCAGGAACUAGUGGUAAUUUAGAUAAGUGUUUAUAUGCUGUAGAGGAAGAUUGCAGAACUACAGUUUGGACAUACCAAAAUGAUAAUGGGGAUGGGGUAUUGGAUUCAUUCCAACCUGAUGAACAACUGAAGAAGAAAAAGAAAAUUCCUUAUGUCAGAAUACGGCGUGAUGUAUUUAAGACUCUGGGACCUGGUAAAGAAGCUGAAUCAGCCUCUGUUCUGGCAUUUGGAAGUCUCUUUACAGCCCCAUACAAAGGCUCAGAGCUUUAUAUUGAUAUAAAAAAGGCCCCAGGAGAUGAAAGGAUAAAAACUUUGAUGGAAAAGACUGAAUUUCUUCCAUUUUCUCCUGAAAUUGUAAGCUUAGGGAAGCAGUUUGCUGUUAAUACCAUAAAGGCUCCUUUCCUUUGUGCACAGCUCAGGUUGUUAGAUGGGCAGUUCAAGAAUCAUUGGAAGGCUACUUUUCUGAGCUUAAAACAAAAAUUGGAUUCAUUAAGACAGCAAGAUUCUCAGCCUAUACAUAUUUUUGUUAUGACUGAUCUCCCUAAAGGUAAUUGGACUGGAAGUUACUUGGGUGAUUUGGCUAGAGAUUCAGAUAAUUAUAAGUUGUAUUUUCUGCAAAAGCAAGAUGUGUUGGUGAUAGAAACAGCAAAGAAACUUGCAGCUGCAAGUCACAGUAUGAAAUCUGGAUCUGUUCCCAGUAAUCUCGGUGCACUGCCUAAGGUAGAGAAGCAAUGUUUUCCUCACCAAUUACCUGAUGCACUUCUAUACAUAGAGGAAACUGUUUGCAGCUGUGCAUCACUUGGUUUUGUUGGGACUGCUGGGUCGACAAUAGCAGAGAGUAUAGAGGCUAUGAGAAGAUUUGGUGUCUGUUCGAGUCAAACUCAGACAGGGUUGUGAUAUUUGUCCAUUUGUGUUCCCAAAUGAAGUUUAACUUGCAGGGUGCAUUGGAAGAGUACGUGUCUGCCAUAUGUCCUUUGUUGCUGGUAUGCAGCCUUGACAAAUUAUGGCUUCUAAUCACACACAUUAGUGUUAUUUCUGCAUUCAAUUAUCAUGAUUCUUAAUGAUCCAACCAGCAUUCAAGAACAUUUGACUUCAAUAAACAUCCAAUCUCCUGCUGCUUUUUGUCAGAGGCAAAAUUUCAUCUAUACUUCAUAGGCAAAUGUGCUCAUAUUUGAAAGCCCUUUUUGCUACUGCUUCAACUCCCUUGUACAAUUGUUUUGGUGGAUGGUAGUUACAAGCUUCUUGUUUAUUGUAAUGGUACUGGCUUCAGCUCGGCAUUGGAAGAUAAGAUUAGCAGUCUUGGAUGUGUGAUAUCAGACUUCAUAUACAGUGAAACAGUCAAUCGCUGGAACAUAUUUUCCCCCUUUUUUUUUUUUCUUUAAAUUUAAGAUUCCAUCUGAAGUACUAGUAAUUUGUAAUUUCAAUUAUUUUUCAGAAAUAUCAAAUGUUCGAUCAAAUUUUCAUUUCAUUGUUGGGGGAGGAGAAAUGUAAACUAAAGUCAUGAUUUCAUG